UAAGAUCUUUUGAAAGUGUCCGACGAAAUCAGCACUUUCUCGCAUAAAAAAAAAAAAAUGGAAGGAGAAGAUCAUGCGGCGGCCGUGGGGCGAGCGGAGAUCGACACUAGAGCGCCUUUCAAGUCGGUGAAAGAAGCAGUUGCUCUUUUUGGGGAGAGAGUUUUGGUUGGAGAGAUCUACGCCCACAAGCUCAAAGAGAUUCCAGCUGGCGGAGAGAGUGAGAAUGGACCGGCUCCAUCAAGAAUUGGAGCAUUGAAAGCCGAGCUUGAGGAAACAAAGCAAAGUCUUGAGAAAGCUAGAGAAGAAAGCAACUUAAUGGCAUGUUGCAUAAACUCCCUUAGAGAAGAGCUGGAGCAAGCAAAGAGGGAGCUACAAAAGCUAAAGGCUAGAGAAUACCAAAAGCAGCCAGUUGAUCCUGACAUUGAGGACCUCAAGUUCAUCGAGAACCCGAACCGACUCGAAACCCGAAGUACGCAAGAUGAGGAGGAACAUGGAUACCAAAGGAGGAGAAGUGUGAAAUUUGCAAGCCCUCCUUCACUUGCUAGAGUCAUGGUUAGGAAGGAUCAUGAUCAAUUUUCGGAUAAGUCUCCUUCUCUCAAGAAGCCGAAGAGGAAGCCGUUGGGGCCUAUACUAGGAUGGCUGUUUUCCAAAAAGAAGGGAAUCCAAGGAAGUGAGUCUCCAACACUUGAGGCCAUAUGCUGA